UCAACGAAGCGCAUCGUUGUUUGCCGUCUCGCCCUUCGCCAGGUCCCGCAGUCGGCUGUUGUAGUCACCCAUAAGCCUCUUAAUCUUGCGCAUCACCUGCUGCCACUUGAACUUGUUGCUCUUCUUGAUGCACGACAUGGUGUGCUUCUUGGAAUGCAGCAGGCUGCGACACGCGACGGCCAUGAACUGGCGGCUGAACUGGAGGUUGAGGUACCCGCUGUUUUUGCUGUCGGCCAAAAAGAUGCGCCCAAUGAAUGUGCCCGGAUCCACAUACUCCCUCGACUGCUCGACGUCCAGCCACGGGUCAACAUCCAUAGUGCUGUUAUCGCUGGUCUCGUGGCCGGGGUAGUACAGCUUUAUAACCAGCUGCUUCUUCUGUGUUGUUGUGAGCGGUUCGAAGAGCCGUUUUGGGUCCGGAUCGCUGAAAAAAGCGUUCUCCGCCUCGGCAGCCUUGGGAGCUACCUUUGAAAACCCAAACAAGUCCUCAGCGUCUCUCGCCCCUCCAUCGUCGUCCUCUAUGACGUUCUCGUUAUCGGCCGGCCCCACAAACUCGUCUAUGGUCUCGGACGGGGCGAACGAUGUGAGGCACAAGCUUACACUACCACCGGAUUUCACGCUGAGGGGCUCCUCGUUAUCGUCCGACUCCAACGGGAGAGCCCAAAAUCCAUCAUCGCCCUCCACAGACACCUAAUCAUCCAUGCUUUGCAUGUCGUCCUCCACAUGCAGAGAGGACACAGGGGCCUUUUUGGCAGCAUCGAGGAGACGCUCGACUGCCUCGAAGUGCAUUUGAGAGCCGAGCGAUAUGCGGUCAUACCACGGCGACUCCACGUCCAGCACCGCAUGCUGCUCGUCCGUCAGCUUCGCAUGAAGCUCAAACUCAUGCACGUCCUCGUGAAUGGUGAAG